UUUGUCACGCUCGCAUAACUAGAUUGGUAAUUAUGGUAAGUAUUUUGUGGUGUUUCUAUGUGGUAUGUAUGUAGGGUUUGUAUUUAGUGGUGCGCUACCUAUAAGUCGGACCUCUCUGUCAGGUAAGUAUUUUCGAUAAAGCGCGAGAGAUACGAGAUGACGGACGAUCGGUAAGGCACGCUCUGGACGGAGGAUCGUUCGAGGUAUUGGAGACAUUGUUAUAUUUGUCUCAUAUGAGUGAAAGCACAGAAAGCUGACUGUGCUUUCUACCGUGGAUUAUCAAGGGAACUGGGUGAGAUGGACCAGCCAACACAGUAACAGUUUUGACCAUGACAGGGUCAUCUACAUGUGAUAGUCAGUGGCGGUAUAACCCAGCCUUGUUUCCCGGUGAUACAGUUGACUCAUAUAAGUCAGUGGUCAACAGUUCGACCUACAUGUAUACCUGUGUGGUUUCCAUGUGGCAGUGAUGAUGAUUCCGAUAUCAGCUGAUUGUUGCGUUAACACUGAAGUGUUCUGAGAUACUGAAGUAUCUACAUCUACACUCAUAGCUGGCUACUCAUGUGACGUGAUAAGGACAGAGGACCAGAGGAGUUGAUUGGAAAGGAAGAGGACAGAACUUUUAAAAAGACUGUAUAUAUCCUUAUGUGUAGUGUGAGUGUGAGUGUGUGUGCAUUUUGUAUAUAUAAUAGCCUUAUAAAUACUGUAAAUAAAUAUGUAUAUACUGUAUAGAAUGCUUUAUUGUGUUAUCAAUACUGGGUAUGGCUGUGCCGCUCUGACCACAGUUACAAUUUGGUGGCAGCGGUGGGAUGACUGGUGCUAGUCUGCUCGGUUGAUUUCAUGAUUUACAUUCUGUCAGUAGAUGCUGGAAAGGUUUUCCACAGGUUACAUGUAGCUAGGAUUAGGUUCCCCAUUUCUUUCACAGCAGUCUGGAUACUGUGUGGAAAGUGGUAUAGGUGAGCAAGUGAGUAACAGUAUUCUGAGACGGGGAAAAGGCCUGUACAAGUAUUCGAGGAUUUGGGGUGAGUACCUAAGUAAUUGUGUUAGUCAUAAUUAUUCAUUGUUUUGUUAUAUGCUCUUUGUUUUACAUAGCUUACAUCAUGUCGACACGCGAGGAAUUGAUUUUGUAUGGUAAGGAGCUUGGUUUGCAGGGUCAGGAAUUACGCCAGUUUGUAUCUGAGGAACAAGCCAAGGCCAGACAUGAAAGAGAAGAAGACAGAAGGGUAAGGCUACAGGAGCUUGAAGAGAAAGAGAAGGAGCGUCUUUUCCAGAAGGAGAUGCUGAUGGAAAAAGCAAAGCUAGAGAGAGAGAGCGAAGCGAGGGCGAUUGAAGAACAUAAGAGGCAGAUGGAAUUGCAAGCUUCCCAGUCAAAACCAACGGUGCGAGAUGGAACAGCAUUACGGGGUCCUAAGCUGCCCGCAUUCGAAGAGGGUAAAGACAACAUGGAUGCCUAUUUGCAGCGUUUCGAGAGAUAUGCGACCGCUCAGAAGUGGGACUCGGCUAGUUGGGGAGCAAAUCUUAGUGCUCUACUGAAGGGGAAGGCACUCGAUGUUUUUUCUCGACUUCCAGUGGAACAGGCACUUACGUAUGAGGAGCUUAAGAAGGCUUUGCUCAGGCGCUUUGAGAAGACAGAGGAAGGUUUUAGGAAGGCAUUUCAUUCUGCAAGACCAGAAAGCGGGGAGACCUUUUCUCAGUUCUCUUUGAGACUGGAGAAUUACUUUGAGAGAUGGGUAGAGAUGACAGGGACUCAAAAGACCUAUGAAGGCGUAAUGGAUCUAGUUAUCAGAGAUCAAUUCAUUUAUUGUUGUGGGAGAGAUCUGGCGUUAUUCUUGAAGGAAAGAAUUCCGAAGACGUUGGAAGAGACGGCCAAGCUCGCGGACCAGUUUGCUGAUGCCAGGGGUAGUAGGAGUAACCUAAUGACUACAAGGACGACCAAGCAUGCUGAUAGCAAACCACAACAGAACAACAGUCCACACACAGGAGACAACUCUCGUGGGAAGUCGUCACUGCCAUCAAGGGAGAGGAAGUGUUAUUCUUGUGGGAAACCAGGUCAUUUGUCGUACGAGUGUCGGGGUAAGAAGUCAUCUAACGUUGCUGCUGUAGUAGGGGAGAUUGGCUCGGAGGAUAUUGGUAGACGCAAACACUUGUCAACAAGAGGACGAGGGAGAAGAUCUACUAGAAGUAGAAGUAAAAGAAGAUGCAGUGAAGGUACUCGGGUACAGGCAUCAUCUCCUUCAGUUGAUAGAAGUCCUCCCACUCUCAGUGAGUCAUGCAACAUAAAGAUGGCUGGAGACAGAGGCAUGCCGAUAGCAAGUGGAUAUGUUGGCGACCAUUUUGUUACGGUGUUAAGGGAUAGCGGUUGUAGCGGUGUUGUCGUGAGGAAGGAUUUGGUGGACCCUUCUAGGAUUUCUGACCGGCAGCAAGUGUGUUCGCUUGCAGAUGGAUCCAGGAUACAGGUGCCUGUGGCUGAGUUAGAAAUUGACACACCCUAUUUUAGAGGAACAACUGAUGCCUGGGUAUUGGAGACACCCCUGUACGACCUGAUAAUUGGUAAUGUACACGGUGCGAGACCCCCCAACCAUCCUGACAACGAUUGGCAAAGCGAGAAUGGAAGGAAUACAGGCUGUAGAGACGAGAUCUCAGAAGAAAAGGAAUCAGAAUGGAUAUCGUGCACUACAGGUGAAGGAAGUUACUGA